UUUAUAGGCCAGGCUUUCUUUAGGAUCAUUAAACAAAGCUUGGUGUAUAGACUCUUGACUUUAACUCCCUGAGAUGGUAUGAGGGGGAAAAAACCUUGAGAUGAACCAGAGAGGAAGUAAUGUUCUCACUGAUAGAUAUAGCAGGAACUGUGUGCGUGCGUGUGUGUGUGUAUGUGUGUGUGUGCGUGUGUGGAAGGCAGAGAAUCUCCAUCAGCCCCAUGACAGUUAGUCGUGUUGAAUGUGUUUUAUGAGGAAGUAGGAGUGGAUGUGGGUGUGGUGAAUAUUCCUUGGUUUAAAACCUAUGCAUAACCUGUAGAGAGCGUUACCUGCUUUACAUGACUUGUGUGUGUGUGUGUGUGUGUGUGUGCUCUCAUCCCAAAUCCACCUGUGAGCCUGAAUGCAGUGAGCAGGUUCAGAUUGAUCCAAACUUGGGUGAGUGUGAGCUCUAAUUCAUUACCGAACGCUUUACCUUUCACUGUGAGCUUUUAUCACAUGACUGACAGUCUGCUGCUGUUGCUGUAAAUAAUAAUCUACGGUGUUGUUUGUGCAGAUAAGCAGUUCUAGCCAGUUGUGAAAAAUGCUGUGAAGUAAAAACGCUUUAUAAAUUCGUGUUAAUAGUGUAUUUGAAUGAAUUCAAAUAAUGGAAAGUAAACCAUUGCUGAACCAUUAAUUUCAAAUGUAAGUUGAAACAUUUAUUAAGUCAUUAAAUGAAACAGGAACUGCUUUGUAGGAAGCUUAAACUUGAGUGAAACAAAAUAAAUAUUUGGUGUUACCACCCAUUGACUGCAAAACAGCAUGAAUUCUUCUAAGUACACUUGCACAAGUUAAACACGGAUCUUUGUGGAUGUAGACAUCCUCUCCUGUCUCUUCAUGUAAUCCCAUACUUUAUAAUUUUGAGAUCAAGGCUUUGUGGGGGUAAAACUAUUUCUUCUAGGACUCCUUGUUCUAAUCAGCACUGAAGAUAGUUCCUUCCUGCCUGAAUCAAUCCACCCUUUAAGAUCAUCAGGCUAUGGAAACCAUCAAUAUUAUACAGUAGAACAGAACGCUGCGUCACAGACAGGUUUCUCAUGCAGCAAAUAAACAAAUCUUCUUACACUGAACCUCAGCUGCGCCAACUGCAUACAUCUAGCAGAAGCAUCAAUAUAACCCUCAUAUUUUUGUGCAUUUUUAUCCCCUAUGCAUUAAGCUUUUCCUGGGAAUUUGAAAAACUCUUUUGAACUAUUUUGGCUGACCUUUUCUCACAAUGUCCAGCUUUUCUAGAAAAGUCUGUCUUGAAAACGGCCUUGUAAGUUUAUCUGCAACCAAAUCAAUUUCUUCCCCUCUGUCACAAGUUAGUUAUUACCUAUUUUAUGAGUUGCUCAGUAGCUCCUGGUUCCAUAAAGUCAACUUUCUGUAUAAGACUGUAGAAAGGACAUUACUUACAAUCUUACAUUCCGGUGCUUAUUUUAGUUCGCACUCUCCGGUGUUUUAUGAUUUAUAAUCCCACUCUUUAUAUCACCCAAAUGAUGAUGAGGUUCCCCUUUUGUGCCUGGUUCCUCUCAAGGUUUCUUCCUCAUAACAUCUUAAGGAGUUUUCCCUUGCCACAGUCGCCCAGGCUGCUCAUCAGGGAUAAAUACACAUCGGCCACCUUAAUUCUUGAAUUCUGUAAAUCUGCUUUAAGGCAAUGUCCAUUUUGAAAAGCAUCAUAGAAAUAAACUUGACGACAAAUUGUGGAAUAAAAAAAUAAAACAGCUAUUAAAUCCACACAUAUAUUUCAGCUUGUGCAGUUUGCUACAGAUGCAGUUUGUGAACACUGAUUAGUGCACUCUCUAACCAUCCAAUCAAACAACGUGAAAAUGCUGACGUUACGGUAUGCCUGCUAGAUAUCCCCAAUGUCACCAACAGGUCGUCAAACGCGCCGACUCGUUUUGUGGCAUUUUUUCCUCAUAACGUAUUUUUUGAUCGUACAGAUUAGAGCAAUACUUUUAUUUUUAUACACUCAUUACAACAAAACAAAUGCCUCUUCACAGGCACAAAAAAAACAACCUGAAUCUCAGUGCAUACUUGAUUCACAGAAAUAAAAAAAUAUGUAAAGAAAGCUCAAAAUGUCUACUUUUCAAUAAAUCACACCGAAAACGAAUCUCUGAUUAUGUAAUCCGUAUGAAACUUAAGAGGUACACUUUUUCCUGUAUCACCUCAUUAACCGUGUGUUUCUCUAGUAAUGUACUGUUGAUUCUGAAUGCUCACAAAAGAUUGCUUUGUUAACAAGUGAAGUGACAGCUGUAAAGUGAUUGGAUAGGAACGGCUAGUACACUUCUUGCAGUGUACAACCGAGAAAAGCUAUGAAACUAAGGAAAGCAAGUUUGCCUCUACAUAAAAUUUUAUUUUUAGAUAUUUUUUUUAACAGUUUCUAUGUAAUGAUCUAAUCACUCUGUGUGAUAAGGCUUUGUCAUUGGAAACCUCAUCGAAUUCAAAUAUGUUAGAAUGUUUGUCUAAGAACCUCCUCCUAAAUAUCUUCAGAUUAUUAAUCAGGAAAAACUUGAUCUUAACACGUGUUUGAUUUAAAAUGAUCAGUGUGGGUGUAGGUAUUCAAUCCAGUCAUAUGAGAGCCUCACCUGAUUCCACCUGGUAUUUAGAUGACCAUGGUUUUUCAGGAGACUCAGUAAGGUGUGGCUUCCAUUUGCUUAGAAUGAGCACCUGCACCCACAUCAACCUCUUUCAGAUAACACUGGACAGCCCAGGUGUAGUCAGUAAUAUGCUGAGUUGAAGAGGUCCAGAAUAUGUUUCAGACGUUAAGCACAAAGGUUUUAUCAUGUGAAUUAUUAUUUUUUUUAUUCUACCCUUGAGCUACCACCAUCCCCAAACAAGUCAUGAAGCUGUCUCUGUCUAUCCAAACUUUCAGUGUUUAUUAUAGUAUUAUUGCAAUUCUUUUAAUUUUUUUUCUUCUUUCUCCAAAAAACAGCGUGAUAUUUUUCUGGCUGCACUUAGAGCUUACAUCCAGCUCUAUUUUCUCUCCCAUUGCACUUACUGGGCAAAUUGAUGGGACAUUAAGGACUAUUAAAUAACUGACACGAGGUCCAUCCAAACAAAUCCGAGCUGUAAUUUAAUAUAUUUGCAGUUUUUUUUAGGCCAUGUAACUCUCACUUUCUGAGGUUAUGCUUAAAAUCAUAUUAUCUUAUCAUGUGCUUUAAUAUAUUUUUCUUUUUUGGACUUUUGAAGAAUAUCGAAUAUCGAGUCAAUCUGGUAUUUUGUUCCAGAAAGAAAAUACUACUACACUAAAAAAGUAAAAAUGACUGGAUAAACUACAAGCCCACAAUUUCCUUUGUUUUCAUAUCAUAGUUUUUCUGUCAAUUUCGCAAGGUUUAAUUCUGCUAAAAAGUUUCAGAGCAGAAUUGUGCCAACAAGCAACACCCUGAAAUUUCUGUGUUUUUCUGUAUGCGUGUGUGUGUGUGUUUGUCAGAGAGAGAGAGAGAGAGAGAGAGAGAGAGAGAGAGUGAGUCAUGUAGAAUAGCACACGAGAUCAGCGAAAGUGCACUUCGAACUGUAUUAGUGCUCGAUAGACAUCUUUAUUAGCAAAAAGGGCAACCAAACACACACACACACACACACACGUACAUGGGACAGAAGCUGUCUUUAAGAAUGGAGAGAGAUGCCUGAAGCUCUGGUAACUUGGGGCUAAACUAUAUAUACUAUAUAUAUAUGGACUGGACUUUAACUGCUGAUUGUGUGACACUCACUGAAUAAGACUUCAAGAUGAGAUGUCACCUGAAAACGCUUAUACAGACACUUGUUGGUCUUCUCAUCCUUACCUGCAUGUAUAUCUCAAUGAGGAGAGCAAAAGAGACGGAACCAGAACUAGAACCCAUGAAUGCUGCCUGGCUAAUGGGGAACUACAGCAGUGAAAAAUGCUCUCAGGAAAAUCAGGAAUAUAUCCCUUGUCUCAGAGCUCUUGUUCGAGUCUUAGCUGGAGAGAUUUCGCCUCAGCAAAAAUAUCUCACUGUGGGCCUCUCUUCUGUGAAGAGAAAGAAAGAGAACUAUCUUCUACAAACCCUUCACUCCAUCUUUAAUCAGUCUUCGGAGAAGGAGCUUGCUGAGAUGGUGGUCGUGGUUCUUUUGGCUGAUUUUGACCUGCACUGGGUUCAACAAACUCUAAUCAGCAUUAAGAAUCAGUUUUCAGCAAGAUUGGUCCAGGGUCAGCUUGUUGUAAUUCAUGCCGAUCAGGAAAACUACCCUCCUCUGACAGGCCUGAAAAGAAAUUUUAACGACGCUCCGGAUCGCGUGAGCUUUCGCUCAAAGCAGAACGUCGACUACGCCUUUCUGGUGGACUUCAGCGCCAGACUUUCCAAGUAUUACAUAAUGCUGGAAGAUGACGUGAGCUGCUCUAAAGGAUUUUUGUCCUCCAUUCGAGGUCACAUUAACUCAAAAGGAUCUUUACCAUGGGUGACACUCGAGUUUUCCAAGCUGGGAUAUAUUGGAAAACUGUAUCACUCGAAAGAUCUAUCUCGUCUGGCUCACUUCCUCUUUUUGUUUUACCAGGAAAUGCCUUGCGACUUCCUGCUGUCCCACUUUCGUACUUUGCUAAUGCAGGACAAGGUCAUCCGCUUUCAGCCGUCACUCUUCCAGCACAUGGGAACGUAUUCAUCAUUCAAGGGAACGUAUAAUCACCUCAAAGAUGAUGACUUCAACGUAAAUCCUGCAGAUAAUCCGCCAGCCUCUGUUUAUACUGACAUCAAAGCUUUUAAAAACCACGAUCCAGACCAAGCGUACAGUCAAGGAUCAAAUUAUUUCUGGGGUGUGACCCCUAUAAACAAAGGAAACUUCUUUCUCAUGGCUUUUGAGAAACCAGCCAUGAUAUCGCGUAUUGUGAUUCAGACAGGCCAGGAUGGGAAGGACACGCUUCAGUCUGCUGAGGUGGAGCUCGGGGAAAGUGUCUUGAAAACAUCAAAUGGAGUUGAGUGCACAGAGAUUCACAAUUUAGGAAUUUUAAACAAGGGAUAUUUUGAGCUUGAGAAUAUUCACCAGACACUGAACAGAUCGGUGUUGUGUUUGAAAAUCAGAGUGACAGCAAGUCAGUUGGAUUGGGUGAUCAUAAGAAAGAUCCAGAUCUGGUUAAAGAAGUGAGGUAGGACAAGAUGUCCAUUUUAUUUAAAUAAAUCCUAACAUUACACUCAGGAUAAUUAAAUACCAACAAUCAGAUUUGAACAUCUCAGCUGAUGAUUACCUUUUAUUUGAUUAGUUAUGGAAAAGAGGGGGGCUGUGUAUCCUGUAUCUAAAAGAUUAUAACCAAAAUGGGUCAUGUGACCUUAAAAUACUACACGCAGUAAUAAGUGGCUAGUGUGUCCUAUUGUGGACCGUAGAGUGUCCAAUUACUGCCAGGCGGCACAUGUCACGGGCCAGUCCAGAAUCAGUUAGACAAAAUGGCAGACAACAGUGUUGUGGAAACAGCAUGUUCCUUGUAAACAGAAGAUUUCAAGCGAAGUACGAGACAAGAUGUUCAACUGCAGUAAGACAUUUGAAUGACGAUCCCGGUUGUGGUAUUUCCCAGCCUGCAGUCAUUCCUGUGAACAUUCGACGCAUUCAAUGCCUGAUCCUGGAUAAUUGACCUUUAAAAGAGUUUACCGGAGGACAGCAUUCCAGCAGCGAUGACGGAGUGAAUGAUGUUUAAGGCGUACUGACAAAUCUUUUAAUGCCAAAUCUUUACGGGGAUUAGUUAAAUGCUGGUAUAAGUGUAAAUGUGUAGUGCUUGUAUAUAUUGAGUUUUACUGAGGUAAACUUCAGUCAGCAUACCAAAGCUACUGCCAGCAAUCUGUAACUAAAAGUUGAGUUGUUCCUUCUUCUGUUACAUUCUGUAAAGAACUAUAUGAGAUUGUGUGGUUUCUUUUGAAAUGAUUGGUUGUUCUCCAUUCUGGUGAGAAAAUGUAAAAAAUGUGACUACCUCAAAACUUAUAACUAUGGGAGAGAGCGAGAGAGAGAAUAUCGUGAAUAUAGUUUGGAUGCAAAGAUGGGACAUAUCUGUUCUUACAAUGAAGAAUGUCAAACUGGCUCUUUUGCUAAGAAUGAAGGGGAAAUUGUGGUCGUACCUCUCAACUGGAGUGUGUAUACGAUGGUAGUAGUUCACAGCAAAACACUCAAAUUAAGCACAUUUAUUUCCUACAGCACUUUAUUUCUAGGAUAACAGCUGUUCAUAGCUGGAGGUAUCUUUUGACAACAUGCUGUUAGUUUUCAUUAGGACGUUCUGUCAGCCCCAUAUAAAGAGGCAAAUACCGUCUGGUUCUUCCUCCAAGUUUAUCGUCAACAGAGAGUUCUGAAGCACGGUGACACUUCCUUCUUUCACAUUUAUGUAAAAUGCAAAACAAACAGGUUUGCCUACAAAGAAAAAAAUUUUGAAGAAGGAACUGGUGAAAUGAAGGAAAGGAAAUCAAAAAUCUAUACAAUUAACAACAAAGCAGUGUAGUUGAUCAGUCAACAAUUUAAAGGUUAUUUAAAAAAAAUAAAAAAAUAAAUAAAAAAUAAAAAGGUACAAGGACAAGACAACUCAGGGUCUGGUUGUUAAAAACCCAACUUCUAAAAUAUGGGAGAUGAUCGAGCAUCUUUCAGAACUCCUCAAAUCAGAACAUAUCAGAUGUUCAAUGUCAAGAAACAGUCUUUGACAGGUGGAAUGUGGAGUCAACGGUUAAGUAAUCUUCUCAGAAGGGUUUUUUUGGCACCCUAGGCAAGAUUAUUUUUUGGUUCCCCCCAAUAGAUCUGCCAUCCUACCACAAUGCUUCACCCCCUCACCAUGCAAAUAUGUCACAACCUUACAUAAAAAAGGUUAAAUACAUUUAUCAAUCAUAGCAAAAUUGUCUAAAUAAGAAGGAGGCAGUAGGCGCUCACUUUCGUUUCAUCCCCCUCCCCCACCCACGAGCUGGUUGCACAAAAAGUGACCACCUAAAUUGCCUACGACUAGGAACUGUGCUGCCUCUAAGGGUUCAGUUGGUUUUAUAACAAAGAAGUAAUAAUUUAUAACACCCACUGGAAAGUAUUUAAUGAUGUCUCUUAGGUUUAUUCUUUUUUUUCUCUUUUUAUUGGAAAUUAAACUCUCCUGAGGAGAGUAUAAUAAUGAUGCGAUGCUGUCUGUAAACUAAUAAACAUUACUACUGACUACUUUUUACACAAUGCAUGCUUUUCGUUUGUCAUUGUCAAUGAUAAAAAGAGAUUUCUAUUGA